AUGUCUGCCUACAUCAUGCUGGCUGAGCAGUCGCCCCUGGCUGCUCCGGCCUUCACCACGGCUGACGCCGUGACGGCGCCUGCCUCGUUCGACAGCAGCGACUUCCUCGGCCUAGGCUUCAACGCCGACGAGUGGAACAUCGGCCCUCUGUCGCCGUCGUUUUCUUCUUCCUGGAAUAACAAUUCCAAGCUCGAAGCUGCCUCUGCUGCUGCUCCCUUUGCCACGGUCAAUUUCGAGCGAGAUCUGAAAGUUUCUUCUACUACAGCCCACGUCCGCAACGGCCAGCCGACUCCUCCCCUUGAAGAUAGCAAGAAUAAUAUCACUCCGCCAGACGCUUUCUCCAUGGCCAAUUUCAGCCGCAACUCGUGGGACGACACGCCCACGCCGCCGAGCAGCGACGACCGUGCUGGAAACCCCGGUGGUUCGUUUGACUACUCGAGCCCUACAGCCGGUGGCUUCCCCAAACGACGCCGUCUACGCGGCUCUCACAAGCCUUCAAUUGCUACUACGAUUAGUAGCGGCGCCGACUCGGACGACCAGACUCCUCCUCACCACCCUCACGAACAAAGACACGAGCGCGUCAAACGCGAAAAGUUUCUGGAGCGUAACCGCCUCGCUGCGAGCAAGUGCCGCCAGAAGAAGAAAGAACACACCAUGCAGCUCGAGUCACGCUUCAAGGAGGCCUCGGACAAGCGCGAGCUGCUCAACGCCGAGAUCUCGCGGCUGCGUAGCGAGGUGCUGGGUCUCAAGAACGAAGUGUUGCGGCAUGCCCAGUGCGGCGACGAGCCGAUCAAGCUGCAUCUUGCCCAGAUGGUGAAGCAGAUUGCCAACAAGGACCGCGACGAUCCUACUGCCACUGUGCCCAGUACUGCUGCUGUUGCUGCAGCUGCAGCUGCAGCUGCUAGUGGUGGCGGUGGUGGAGGUACGGCGGGCGAUGGUAACGGCGAGUCUCUGCCGGAUACAGCGCUCUCACCUUCGUCGCUUCGAGACUCGGUGUCAUUCGGCUUCGACGAUCCGCUACACAACAUGGGCGGCGCAGAGUCGCUGGAACAGCAGAUUCGGCGUGACUCGGAGGCGUCGAUUGCCAUGUCGGCGGACGAUGAUUUUAACGACUUGAUCAAUGUUUGA